AUGAUCCACGCUGUCGCUGUCGCGGCCACCCUCGCGGGCCCGGCGCUGUCCUGGAACACGGACGUCCACCAGCAGAUCGCCUAUGCGGCCGACGAGCUGCUCAACCCGUGGACCAAGCAGAUCAUCAAGCAGCUGCUCGAGCCGUCGGCGGAGGGUUCGCUGGGCCGCGUGGGCGCAUGGGCCGACGGCUACCGCAAGACGCCCGAGGGCGCCUACACAAACACGUGGCACUACAUUGACCCGGCCGACGAGCCGCCCUCGUUCUGCAACGUCCACUUCAACCGCGACUGCACAAAGGGCGGCUGCAUCGUCAGCGCCCUCACCAACCAGACCGAGAUUGUCAAGGGCUGCAUCUCCCGCGCAAAACUCGGCAAGAUCCGCAACGGCGAGGACUACACCUGCGCCAACGCCGUCAAGUUCCUCGCCCACUUCACCGCCGACAUUGCCCAGCCCUUGCACGUCUCGGGCAUCGCCGCGGGGGGCAACGGCUUCCCCGUCACCUUCAACGGCACCGCGACCAACCUGCACUCGGUCUGGGACGGCGCCAUCAUCUACGCCAAGGCUGGAGUCACCAGCUUCAACAACGCCACCAUCCAGCCCUUCUUCAAGAACGCCGUCAAGCGCCUCCGUAGCGACGACUUCAUCACCUCGACCGCCGACAUGCUCGCCUGCUCCGACCCGGGCACCCCGCACAAGUGCGCCAUGGAGUGGGCCCGCGACACAAACGAGUGGACCUGCGACUACGUCUACUCGCAGAUCUUCAACGGCACCGACCUCGCCACCAGCGGCUACGCAAAGGGCGCCGGAUACAUUGUCGAGGUUCAGACCGCCAAAGCCGCCCUGCGCAUGGCCACCUACUUUAACCGCCUCGUCGAGGGCAACUAUCGCCAGCGCGACGUCUAUCUCGAGACCGUGCCCAGUUGGAUCCUCGGUCCUGCGGGGGGUAUCUGA